UAGUUAAAAUCGUGUAAUUAUCUCAAGAAUGUUGAAGUUCAAGUAUUUUCUGUGUGUUACUCUCUCAUUCAUCUGCGCGCUUUCAUUUGAUCCCUCCCACUUCCUCUUACGUUCCUGUAACUACUCCUCAAACUGAUGUCACAAUAGUUGUACACGCACUCACAUGGGAAUCAAUAAAGGAAUACACAGAAGACAACUAUUGAGAUUUGACUUUUUAAAGGAGUUUGUUGUAUUUCCAGUGCUGAAACGACCUUGUGAAGUUUUCUGUCAAAGAUAGUAUCAGAAUAAACAGAAAAGAAAAAAGGCCAAGGAGGCGUGAAAGAGGACAGGACGGACAUGCAUGGCAGGAUCACACAGUUAUUCUUGAUUAAUUCUUUAACAUGUGGUCUGGAAGUAUGUUUGGCUGCUGGGACGAUCUACAUCCCACCCAUGCUGUUGGAAGCAGGGGUGCAGGAACGCUUCAUGACCAUGGUGCUGGGUGUGGGACCCGUGCUGGGCUUGAUCUUUGUUCCUUUGAUUGGUUCAGCAAGCGAUGGCUUCAGAAGUAAAUAUGGCCGCCGACGUCCGUUCAUCUGGCCGUUGUGUUUGGGUGUCCUCCUCGGACUCCUCAUCAUCCCUCAGACGUCCACCCUCGUAAGCCUAUUUACAAAACACGACCUCCAUUGGCUGGAGGUCCCGCUGUUGGUCCUGGCUAUCUGCCUGAUGGAGUUCUGUGGCCAGGCCUGCUUCACACCGUUGGAGGCUCUGGUAUCAGAUCUCUUCCCUGGAGAAGUAGAAAGCCGCAAGGCCUUUUCCUCCAAUUCCCUCAUGCUCAGCCUGGGUGGCUGCGUUGGAUACCUGCUGCCUGCGGUCGACUGGAGCGCUUCGGAUACCGUGGUCUAUCUGGGUGGACAGAUAUCUUUUAUCUUCCUGGUGCUGACCGUCAUCUUCCUCAUUUGCUUGAUGGGUACAAUGUUCAUAUCUGAAGAACACACGGGUAGAGAAAAGGUCGGAGACGCCGAGGUGUCCAGGAGGAUUGCAAAGUCCACGACCUGCUGUUGUCCCCGUGCGUUGUUUUCCAAAGUCCUGCUCUUGCCCAGAAUAAUCUUCAGCCUCCUGUCUGUGGGUCCACAACUUUACUCGCUGUGCAGUCGCAUGCCCAAAGUCAUUGCAAGACUGUUUGUUGCAGAGCUGUGCAGUUGGAUGGCCCUCAUGUCUGUUAUGCUGUUCUACACAGAUUUUGUUGGAGAGGGAUUGUAUGGCGGGGUGCCCAGUGAUAUUCCAGGUUCCCCAGGAAGGAUACGUUAUGAUGAAGGUGUACGAAUGGCCAGCUUGGGUCUUUUUCUACAAUGUGUGACGUCCGUGAUCUUCUCUGUGCUUAUGGAGCCUCUGGUGUUGUGGGUUGGCCACAGAAAGCUGUAUAUGAGCAGCAUGAUGAUCUUGGCCGUGAGUUCAGCAGUCAUGAGCGUCUCACGUAAUGUCGUGUUAGUCACCAUCAUGGUUGCGGCUACAGGAUACACCUUUAGUAUCUUACAGAUACUGCCAUACACACUAACAUGUCUUUACCACUCCAAUACACAGGUGUUUUUUCCCGGUGAGAGACACAAACCUCAUGGGAAUGGUGCAGUGUUGAUCAAAUCAGCUGAUGUACAGCUUUUGACCAAGCAAAAAAGAUCCAACGGCUGCAUUGCUGGGCCCAACACGAAAACCUGUCAGUGCAAUAUAUCAACCUCACAAUCGCUUGAUCUGCAUGUUUGUGUAAGCAUAUGCCCAAAACCACCUGUCCUUAAAGGAAUUGGUACAGACAUAGCCUUACUGGACAGUGCUUACAUGCUAUCUCAGGUGGUUCCAUCUCUCUUUUUGGGCUCCAUAGUGCAGCUUUUUCACAGCGUAACCACAUACAUGGCCUGUGCCACUUUGCUAAGCGUGGUGGCCGUUUACUUUUCUAGUAAGAUCGUCUUUGAAAAGAAAGACAUGGAAGCAAACAGGUGACUGUGAUGUAACCCUUGGAGCAAAUAUGAUGUUUCAAAACCACAAACGACAGCUGGAUCUGUUUGUGUGGCAAUCCAAAACUUUCACUUGGAUGGUGACGUGUCAAAUUAUUAUUUAAGUCUUUGCUAUUAAUAUUCUUAAUACUGAAACUACUGUAUCAGCAAGUACUGUUUUAGAGAAGCAUUGGCUUCAGGCAGAAAGGUUUGUGGCCUUACAAUAAAUUGGAUAAACAGGGUGUUGGCUUUUUUGUAAAGUUUACCAUUCAUUUGACAGAAUGAUUGUUCUCCAUACACUGUCAUGCUUCUGAUAUUGUAUUUGCAACACUUUUGCAUAGUGGUUCCCAACUUGAAAGUUUACAGGGGGGCGAAGGAUCUGAUAUGCUUAGAGGUCAAAUAAAGAUGCAUAAAAUGUUUCACUAAAAAUAUGAUAUAAAAAUAUUUUUUCAAAUGCCAAGAUGAAGUGAAUGAUCUAUUUUGUAAAAUGUUUAAUAUUAAUAUCUAUAAUGUUUACAAUCUGAGCUCCCCACCCCUCAGGUGUAUAUACAUGUUUUUUCAGUCACAUGUUUGAUGAAGGUUGGGGACCACUGCUGUAAGUUAUGAUGAUAAUGUUACUGGCUGUGAUGGGCUGGUAAAUGUAAUGAAGCUAGGAUUUUGAAUUUGAAAACCAACGUUUAUACAUUUUAAUAAUAUAUUUAUGUUGUUUACACUUUAAUAUUUAUUACCUACAAAAAUGUUCAUAUUUGUUUGUUAUCUUUAGCAUAACUUGUACAUCCAUGUGUAAUUUAUUAAAGUAAGUUUUUAUUAUAUUGUGUUGUUUUGUUGAAUUUUUCUGAUAUAAUUUUGUAGCAUUUAAUAGUAUUAGUGUCAUGUGAUCUUUUUUUACUCAGCUACUGCCAUCUUGUGGCUCUGUAAAGCUCUGUUUUUAUAGUACAGUCAUUAGUAAAACAGUCUUACAAAUUCACACCCACACACAUAACAACAAGUCAUUUACUCUGUCCGUUUUAUACUAUUUUUUAUUUGUCUGUUGCUGUUUUGCUAUUCUAAUUCUUUACCAGAUGUCCAAAUUCAGUGGUACAGUGUUUUGAACAACCACUGCUAUGGCCAUUGAAUCAUUCAUGUUUCGAAUAAAGUCAUAAAUGCUUGAUGUUUUGUAUUUUUCCACAACAAAUGAAACUCAUACUUGAAAACA